AUGGCUCAGUCAGUGUCAAAACGUAUUGUUUUCACCGGCGGUUCAGGCAAAGCUGGUCGCCAUGUUAUUCCGUACCUCCUUCAACAAGGCUAUUCAAUCCUCAAUCUCGACCUUACACCAUUUCCUGAAGACCAUCUUCCGACGGGUAAAUCAGUCUACACCACGAAAACCGACCUCUCAGACAGUGGCCAGACCUUCAACGCCCUCUCGUCCCUCUUCGACAUGUCCGAGUUCUCCCUUCCUGCGCACCCUGGCCCUCCCGACGCCGUAAUCCAUUUCGCCGCCUGCGCCCGCAACAUGAUCGUGCCGGACAACGAAACCUUCCGCAUCAACACCAUGUCGACCUACAACGUCAUCGAAGCGGCCUGCAAGCUCGGCGUCAAAAAGAUCAUCAUUGCUUCCUCCGAAACUGUCUAUGGCGUCUGUUUCUCUCAGGGCCGAGACGAAGACCUCUCCUACCAUUCUUUUCCUCUCGACGAAGACACCUACGAUGUCAACCCCAUGGACACAUAUGCUUGCAGCAAGCUCUGCGGCGAGCACAUCGCCCGCACCUUCGCCCGCCGCUUCAACAAUGACAUCUACGCCCUCCGCAUUGGGAAUGUCGUCGAACCACACGAGUAUGAGCGUGACUUCCCCAAGUAUGUAGGCCAGCCCGAAACGCGGAAGCGGAAUGCGUGGAGCUAUAUCGACGCAAGGGAUUUGGGGCAGAUUUGUGAUCUGGCGGUCAAGAAGGAUGGUUUGGGAUUUCAGGUAUUUAAUGCAGCGAAUGAUACCAUCACGACGACGGUGCCUACCAAGAGGUUCUUACAGGAGAAUGAGCCGAGGACGGAGAUUACAAGGGAGAUGGGUGAGUGGGAGGCACCGUUGAGUAAUCAGAAAAUUAGGGAGGUUUUGGGGUUUCGGGAAGAACAUGAUUGGAGGAAGUAUUAUAAGCCUUGA